CCCAAACCCGGCCAUCAAUCCAGCCCCAACUCCAACCUCUCCUCCUCUGCCUCACCCAUCGCAAGUGAAGAAGGCUGGUCCUCGAUCAUCAAACCGACGAGCAGCAACGCCAACAUCCAUCGAUCAGAUACCUGCCUAAAUUAGGUAGCUACGUAAUUAGCGGGGUUCCCAGGGUCCACCCAAGCGCCAGGCGGGAGCCGCAAUUGCUCAGGCUACCCAUCCAUAUUUCUUUUUUACUUGGGCGACACAAGUGUCGUCAUCGAUCGUCGCCAGACCACCCUUCACCACGCCCACUUGAGCUGGCCUUCGUUCGCAAAAGAGGCGGCCCCUUCGUCUUUGCUACCAAUUUCCUCCUCGGUUACAAAUUUCUCCAUUCACCAUGACUUGGGAACUGAGUCGCCGUCGGUUUAUGAGGACGGCCAGCAGCAAAUAUCUCUUUGACCGAGUGCCUUUGGUCAACGCCCUCAUAUUCCUAGUCCAGAUGGCCGUUGUCGCGCGGCUCAGCUCGCGCUUCAAUGCGUACUACGAUGAGCGUCCCCUCUUGACCAUGAUGGUGACCAACUCCAUCCUCGGAGGCAUCGCCGACACGGUUGCCCAGUCCAUCACGGCGAUCCGGCAGCGGGCCAACCGCAAGGGCCCCUUCCACCCAAACCCCAAGGACGACCCGAUCGCGGUCGAGAUACACGAGCUGGACCGCAAGAACCCGCUUAGCGACCGGGACCUGAUCCCGGACUCGCGGGCCCUCCCGCCGCCCUUUGACUUUGAGCGCCUGACGCGCUUCAUGGCCUAUGGCUUCGCCAUGGCGCCCGUCCAGUUCAAGUGGUUCAAGUUCCUCGAGCGCAGCUUCCCCAUAACCAAGACGAGCGCCUUCGGCCCCGCCAUGAAGCGCGUCGCCAUGGACCAGCUCCUGUUCGCCCCGUUCGGUAUCGCCGCCUUCUUCACCGUCAUGACGGUCGCAGAGGGAGGCGGGCGGCGCGCCGUGUCGAGCAAGCUGCGCGACAUGUAUAUUCCUACCCUCAAGGCCAACUAUAUCAUCUGGCCCGCUGUUCAGGUCAUCAACUUCCGCCUGAUGCCCGUUCAGUUCCAGCUGCCUUUCGUUUCCACUAUCGGUAUCGCCUGGACGGCGUACCUCUCGCUCACGAAUGCAUCCGACGAGCCCCAAGAGCUCCCCAACUCGCCGAGUGUCCGCUACUCUUAAAAACAAGCGGUUUGUCCCCGCACUUCCGCAGUGGGAUGGAAGGGAGGCAUGUGUUGGUGCGGCAACUCCUGCUUCUGCACCCACCACACUCGCUCCCAAAGGAACAUGAUGAAUGGGCGUGGAGUGACCGGAACAGGCUCAACAGUGACCUGAUCCGGUUUACGCCUCUUCGCCUCGUGGUUCAUGCAGUGCCACAUGAAGUUUCUUGUUACGGCAUUCAGGGCUGUUAUGCUGUGUAAAAUUUCGCCCCAAUGUUCAUACGUCAUCCUUUUUGCCUAUGUCUUCGUUGUUGUCCAAUUAUCCCACUGGGGUGGCGUUUGGCUCUAGCUCGGAUGAGCUAGGACCGCGGGCUAUGGAUCCCACGGUUGGUCUUGGGUUUGGUCCUUUUGUUCCUGCAUAUAGAACGUACUCAACAAAACAUAGCCGUACAUGCAUAUGUAGAUCUCCCUACCCCGAGCGCCCUCGUGUAGUUUGAUCAGCCGAAAUCACAAGUCCG